AUGACCGAAAAUAAAAGCGAACCAGAAAAGCUUUUCCAAGAUAUUGGAGAGAUUGUCCAAGAAGAUAAUGAUGACGUGAAACCUACAGAAAUUGAAAGUUAUUGCAUGAAUUGUGGAAAAAACGGAAUUACAAAAUUAUUAUUAACAAAAAUUCCAUAUUGGAGGGAUAUUGUGAUCAUGAGUUUCGAUUGCGAGUGUGGCUUUAACAAUAAUGAAGUUCAAUUCGCUGGUGCAAUUUCUGAGAAGGGUUGUGAGUAUACAUGUGAAAUUCAUGAUAAAGACGAUCUUAAUCGUCAAUUGGUAAAAUCAGAAACAGCAUCUAUCAAACUUCCAGAAAUUGAUCUAGAAAUACCUGCAACCACAAAACGGGGUCGUUUAACCACCGUUGAGGGAGUGAUUUCUAGUAUAAUUGAAGAUCUAUCGGCAGGACAAUCUGAUAGAAAGCUUAUUGACGAAGACACAUAUAAUAAGAUUGAGAUUAUAAUAAAUAAACUUAAUGAUUAUUUGGAGAAUAAGGAAAAAUUUUCUAUAUCAGUUGAUGAUCCGAGUGGAAACAGUUAUAUCGAAAAUUUGCUUGCACCUAAUCCAGAUCCUAAACUUCAUACUCGAUAUUAUAACCGAACGCGCGAGAUGGAUAUUGCGUUGGGAUUAAUGGUACCUGAUGAAACUUAUAAUGAAGCUUGCGAUGAAACUCGUAAAGAUGAUAAAGAUGAUAAAGAUGAUAUUCCGGAAGUUAUGACAUUCCCUGCUAAUUGUUCACAUUGCAAUGCGCCGAGUGACACGAAAAUGCAUCUCGUGAAUAUUCCGCAUUUCAAGGAGGUAGUGAUAAUGUCAACAGUGUGUGACGUAAGUAUUCAGUUAAUUUGGAGAAUAAACUCAUGUGGUUACAAAUCUAAUGAAGUCAAAUCUGGUGGUCCAAUCUCACCCAAUGGUAAAAAAAUUACGCUUAAAAUGGAAGAUAUUGAGGAUUUAUCACGCGAUAUACUUAAGUCAGAAACAUGUAGUCUAUUGAUACCUGAAAUAGAACUUGAACUUCGUUCAGGUACGCUCGGAGGACGAUUUACCACAGUUGAAGGUUUAUUCCGUCAAGUUUAUGAAGAACUUAAAGAAAAAGUUCCAUUUGUUAGCGGGGAUAGUGCUCAGAAUGAACGUAAAGCAUCAUUUGAGAAAUUUUUGGCUAAGCUAAAUAGAGUAAUUACUGGUGAGGAUUUACCAGUCCAUUUAGUGCUUGAUGAUCCGCUCACCAAUUCGUAUUUACAAAAUCCUUACGCGCCAGAUCCAGAUCCAAACAUGCAAAUAGAAAUUUAUGAGAGAAGUUGGGAACAAAAUGAAUUUCUUGGUUUAAAUGACGUGGUAUUAGAAAACUAUGAAAAAAAUUGA